UCCCCGACCAUCAUGACAAAGCGAUCCUGCAUCUCGCCCAAGGACUCCACCCUUCCCUUGAAGAAGCGCCGUGUUCUGGUGGAGAGCUGGGAGGAGGCGCUGACGUCUCCGGUGCCGCACUUCACUCCUCAGCCCUCGCACACGCCCUGGAGGACCGCGCUGCUUCCUGCUGUGCAACAACAUCUGGUGGCUUCUGAUCCGUGCAGCGUCUUCUCGCCUCCGCCGUUCGCUCAAAGCAACGCGUCGAUGUAUCCCUUCCGCCCCUGGAGUUCGGGCACGAAUGCCUCGUAUCCUUCGGUCCACCAGGCUUCCCCCGCGGACUUUCAGGUGCUCAUGUAUCCCCCAGGUGGCAUUCCUUCUGUUCCCUUCUCUCAGACGUUCCAGGGGCUCAGCGAGACGGAGGCCGCCCUCACCCCGAAGCACGCGCAGCCCCUCCCUGCCUUCCAGGAGGCUUCUAGCCCACGCAUACAGCCCCGAGCGCCUCUUGGCCUUCGGCAGAAGAGCAUGUCGCCGCUGCAGCCACUCGCAGGGGACGUGCCACAGGGCGACGCGGCCGACUCGGGCAUCAGCGAGUCGAGCGCCGACUCCUCCUUGGAAGACCUCCGUCUCGAGGCUCAAACGGAGUCGUUUCCGAGCCCCAGGAGCGGCGCAGGGGAGAUUCACUCCGUGGGCGUCGCUGCGCACAAGGACCGGCGUUUCGACUGCGAGGACUGCGGCCGCAAGUUCAAGAAGCGGGCGUACCUGGUGCGCCACCGCCGCCUGCACACGGGCGAGCGGCCCUACAGCUGCGACAUCUGCAGCGCCACCUUCUCGCAGAUGCCCAACCUGUGGUACCACAAGCGCAUCCACACGGGCGAGUCGCCGUACGAGUGCGCCGUGUGCCAGCGCAAGUUCCGCAGCUCGUCGCACCUGAAGCGGCACCAGAGGCUGCACACGGGCGAGACGCCCUACGCCUGCCCCAGCUGCCCCGCCGCCUUCAUCACGUGGGACAAGCUCAACAGACACAAGAUGAUCGACCAUCCUUGAUAGCGUAAUCGCUCCAGUUAUUCGACCAAAUUAUCAGUUAUUGAUAAAUCGAUAAAUUUUGUAAAUAUUUCCUUUUACGACUAUGAUUGAGUUGGAGUUCUUAAUCAAAUA